UUGUGACCGUUUCCCGACGGUCUCUAUUCAGCGUCGCACAAAACAAUGUCCACAAGCUUGAAAAUGACUUGGGGCUUAGAUAGCUAUGGUUUGAGCUUUACUGAUGUUUUAUGGUCUUUUCUGGCUUUAUUUUUCCUUUUAGCUUUGUGUGUUCACAAAAUGUCAUUACACCUGCCGAGAAAAUAUGAAACAUGUCGUCUUUACGUGUUAUUUCAGGAUCUUAUUCGGUACGGAAAGACCAAACAAAACCUCAAAAGAGACGACUGGCUGCGUGCAUUUGACGUCCCAAAAAGGUGGUUCUGGCAUUUCUAUGCCGUCUCUGUUGGCUGGAAUGGUCUUCUUCUGGCCUUCUACCUGAUCUCUAUAUUUCAGCAUCAGUCAUACCCAUUAUGGCUGACUGGGGUAUUAGACUUUUUGACAGGUGUUCCCAGCACUGACAGUCAAGUCCCACAGCUGUCUACUCUGCUGGUGCAGCUGCUGCUCUGCGUCCACUCCCUCCGGAGGCUGAUUGAGUGCCUGUUUGUCAGUGUUUUCUCUGAUGGAGCCAUACAUGUGGUGCAGUAUGUGUUCGGCCUGUGCUAUUACAUCGUAUUGGGGUUGACGGUGCUCUGCGCAGAUCGUCAGGGAAAAGGGAGCGGAACCCUCCUCUCUCAGCUCGACUGGUUUCAUGCGGCUGGAAACGCACUUUUCAUUGGAGCCUCACUGAUGCAGCAUCAAUCCAUUGUCUUGCUGGCCAGGCUUCGCACCGGAAAGUCAGGGAGGGUGGAAACGCUGGCUCACAGAGUGCCAGAGGGAGGCUGGUUCGAGCUGGUGUCAUGCCCACAUUACCUCGCAGAGCUACUGAUCUACGUCUCACUGAGCUUGGUUUUCGGAUGCCUGUCUCUCACCUGGUGGCUUGUUGUUCUUUAUGUGCUGUUCAACCAGGCACUGGCAGCACAGCUUUGUCAUGAACUUUAUAUUACAAAAUAUGAGUCAUAUCCGAAGCGUAGAAAAGCAUUUAUACCUUUUGUGCUGUGAUUUGUUAUUGGAGCCCUCUGUUUCGCAUUCCUUAUUGGGAACUGUAAAGUCCUAGAAAAAUGUCAGAGAAGUCUGAUGAUAUGAAGGUGUGGGAGUAAAACUCUUCUCACUCUGAGCAC